AUAAUGCCGUUAGGUGGCGCAAAGCAAGUGAAAACACUAGAUGAAUUAUUGGAAAUCUCUGAUUUUGUCACGUUGCAUGUCCCUGAAACAGAAGAAACCAAAUUUAUGUUUGGCGAAAAACAAUUUAACCUAAUGAAUGAGAGGAAAAAGAAAAACAAUAUUAAAGGUGGUGGUAGUUAUCUAAUAAAUGCAUCACGUGGUUCAGUUGUACAGAUACCAGCAUUGAUUAAAGCUUUGAAUGAGGAUAUCAUUUUAGGUGCUGCUAUUGAUGUUUAUCCACGCGAACCCUCAUCAAAUGGUAAAAACUUUAAUAAAGAGAUGAAUCCUUGGACCCAAGAAUUGCUUGCUUGUAAAAAUUUAAUUAUGACACCACACAUUGGUGGGUCUACUGAAGAAGCACAACGCAUGAUUGGUAUCGAGGUAGCAACAGCUUUGUAUAAAUACAUAAAUCAUGGUACAUCUAUAGGAGCAGUUAAUUUUCCACAGAUCAAUCUUCGAGCAAUUGAAGCUGCUGAAAAGAAUUCAAUUCGUGUACUCUUUGUUCAUCAUAAUGUUCCUGGUGUUCUCAAGACCUCACCUCGACGAAUCCCACGUAGACGAGGAGAUUCUUCUAGACAAGCUGCUUUCACUUUUCUUUCCAAUAUCAGCCUUGAUAACAACGAUCGGGAGUUAAAUUCAUCAAGCAAUAUACCAAUCAACGACAAACAUGACAAAGCUUCAUCUUUUCCAGAUAAUAAAAAACCAGACUUGCAUAUUGACACCAAAAAAGCGUUUAGCACUAUUGAAAAAGUUUCUAAUAAUGAAGCAACAACAAGAAGCCAUGUUACUUCCAAAACUAGAAUAUCACCCAAUAAAAAAAUAUUUAAUAACGAUAAAACUUCCCCCAUAGUUUUAAAGGAGGGUCAUCUUGACAAUUUAAAUUCUUCUAGUGAUGUCCGUUUAAGAAGUAAUAGCCUUCGUGAAGAAGCAGCUAUAAAUUUCUUGACGAACAUUAAUCUUGACUCUAACAGGAAUCAACAUCCUUCAAGAGAAAGUUUAACUAGCUCAACAACAAUUUCAGUGUUUGAGGCUAGUGAUGAUAACUUACUCAAUGAAGUAGAUGAAAAUGUGGGCAACCAAGAAAAUUUAGAAGGUUCAUCAUCAUCGCCAUCAUCUGCUUAUGUUAGAAGACGUAGAAGUUCAACAUCAACAUUAAAUUCCGAUACGAGUUCUUCUUCUUCAAUUUCUUGUACAUUGUCUAACUCUCCAAAUCAUCCAACGGCAACAACAUC